AUGACUGUGAGAGCUCCUCUGCUGCUGCUGCUUCUCACUGCUUGCACGGCCAGUGGUGCGCUGCUGCCCAAGGCCUUAUGGCAGUUUGGGAAAAUUAUCCAGUGCGCUCAGCCCGGCGCUAACUCUCUAAUGUACAGCGACUACGGCUGCUGGUGCGGCUUCGGAGGAACGGGAAGCCCCGUGGAUGAAGUGGACAUGUGCUGUGAGGUUCAUGAUAAAUGCUAUAGAGCAAGCAGAAAGGCUCCCGGAUGCACGGCUAUUGUUGACCUUCCCUAUAUUCUUGUCUAUGAUUUCACCUGUUCCAAUCAACAAGUGACCUGCUCAGCGACCAACGAUAAGUGCCAGGCUGCCACGUGUGAGUGUGAUCGGGUGGCGGCGCACUGCUUCGCUCAGACCGGAUUCAACCCCGAAAACCAAAACCUGGAUCCCAAAGUCCACUGUGUCGAAUGAGUUAAAGGACCCAUAAAAACACAUUUUAACCUACUCAAUUUCAAAAAAUUUAAAAUGUAUACACAGAACUAUAGGUAAAAGAGUUUUUAUUGUGUAAAAUAGAAUCGGUUUGAAAUAAAAUAUGCAAAUGAGA